GGAUUCCCUGCCUGGACUGCAGUGGGACGGGAGGGGCUUGCCUGGGGAGACCUGCGCUGGGCUCAGAGCCAUGACAAGAGCCAUAUCCAAGGAAGGAGAACGCAAUGGGGCCACCGCAUCUCCUGAAGAGAUAAGAGUGGAGGAAAUGGAAGAGAGAGGCCAGUGGAAGAACAAAAUGGAGUUUGUGCUGUCUGUGGCUGGGGAGAUCAUUGGCCUGGGUAACGUGUGGAGGUUCCCAUACCUCUGCUACAAGAACGGUGGUGGAGCCUUCCUCAUCCCUUACCUCAUCUUCCUUUUCACCUGUGGGAUCCCUCUGUUCCUCCUGGAGACGGCGCUGGGGCAGUACACGAGCCAGGGAGGGGUGACGGCCUGGAGGAAGAUCUGCCCCCUCUUUGAAGGAAUUGGAUAUGCCACCCAAGUCAUUGUGGGAUAUCUGAAUAUCUACUACAUUGUCAUCUUGUCCUGGGCACUCUUCUACCUGUUCAGCUCCUUCUCUUCAGUGCUACCAUGGGCCAGCUGCAAUAACCCCUGGAACUCAGAUCUCUGUGUGGACAUUCUGAAUAGAUCCAGCCUGGACAACAGGACCUUGCCAGCGAACGCCACCUCCUCAAUGAUUGAGUUUUGGGAGAAGCGCGUGCUGAGGCUCACGGAUGGGAUUCACAAACUGGGCACUGUGCGCUGGGAGCUGGCUCUGUGUCUCCUGCUGGCCUGGAUCAUCUGCUACUUCUGCAUCUGGAAAGGGGUCAAAUCCACAGGCAAAGUCGUUUACUUCACUGCCACCUUCCCAUAUGUGAUGCUCCUCAUCCUGCUGGUCCGAGGGGUGAUGCUGCCAGGGGCUGCUGAGGGCAUCAUCUUCUACCUGAAGCCAGACAUGUCCAAGCUGGCAGACCCACAGGUGUGGAUGGAUGCAGGCACUCAAAUCCUCUUCUCUUACGCCAUCUGUGAGGGGUGCCUGACAGCUCUGGGCAGCUACAACAAAUACACCAACAACUGCUACAGGGACUGCCUCCUGCUGUGCACCAUGAACAGUGCCACCAGCUUUAUUGCUGGCUUUGCCAUUUUCUCUGUGCUGGGCUUCAUGGCUCAAGAGCAGGGCGUGCCUAUUUCAGAAGUGGCUGAAUUAGGUCCUGGUCUGGCUUUCAUAGCAUAUCCAACAGCAGUAACAAUGAUGCCUGUGUCUCAGCUGUGGUCCUGCCUCUUCUUCCUCAUGCUGUUCUUCUUGGGACUGGACAGCCAGUUUGUCUGUGUGGAAAGCAUGGUGACAGCUAUUAUUGACAUGUUCCCAGCAGUGUUUCGGAAGAGAGGGCGUCGGGAGCUGCUGAUCCUGGCCAUUGCAGUCAUAUGCUACUUUCUGGGCUUAUUGCUGGUCACUGAGGGUGGCAUGUACAUCUUCCAGCUCUUUGACUUCUAUGCUGCCAGUGGCAUAUCCCUGCUCUUCCUGGCUAUUUUUGAAGUCAUCUGCAUAGGAUGGGUGUAUGGUGCCAACCGUUUCUAUGACAACAUUGAGGACAUGAUUGGUUUCCGGCCGUGGCCCUUGAUCAAGAUCUGCUGGCUGGUGCUCACCCCGGGUCUGUGCUUGGGCACCUUCCUGUUUUCCCUGAUCAAGCACACACCCUUGAAAUACAACAAUUCCUACGAGUACCCACCCUGGGGCUACGUGCUGGGCUGGCUGAUGGCACUCUCCUCCAUGGUCUGUAUUCCUCUCUAUGCCAUCUUCAUCCUCCUGAAAACCAAAGGAUCCCUGAAACAGAGACUGAUGCAGCUGAUUUCCCCAGCGGAGGAUCUGCCGCAGCCAAAGAAGAGGCGCGUGGCGAGGCCGGCCGACGUGAGGCAGGAGGGAUGGUCUCCUCCAGCCCAGCAGCUGCUCAGCAUCACAGAGAGAGAAACCCACUUCUGAGGCACCUGGGACGUUUCCUCCAUAACCCAGACUGAUUUGUUCUCUCCUUCCCAAAGUGGUUUCUUUUCCCUUCUCUCCUUCAUGUCUGUGAUGGAAGCAUCUGGGACAAUUCCUCUCCUUCCAGCAUUUCUUUUACACCCUGGGGACAACUCUUCCUGCCAGCAGCUAUGGAGACUGAAGCAUGCUUUUGUCAGAAGUGUCCUUCAUUACUGACACUGGUUGGGAAGAGAAAAACAACAUUGUAGCAAAAAAGGAAAAAAAAAGUACAUUUGUGUUGAGAGGAGGAAAAGAAACCACAGUGGUGAGGGUGGUGAGAGAGAGCAGAGAUUAAAGGUGUGAAGGAGACAAGUUAGGGAUUGUAAAGCAGGAAACAAUGGGGUGCUAGCACAGGAAAUAAGUAAGUUGGUUCAGAGGUACACAAGAAGCUGGAGGAUGACAAAAGAAAGGGCAUUACUAGGUCACCUCUGUACAAGGGAGAGAGAGCCAGGAAUGUAUCACAGCCAAUGACAAAAGGAGGCUGCACUGUCAGGAAUUACAGCCUCAGCUGUCGCUGGAAGGGAAAGGAGUGACAGGGCGCUCGAUGCAAUCCUAGUUGUUGAUGAUGGAUCUCAAGGCAGUCUCAGUCUGGAAAAGGGGGUGAGGAAUGACUAUCUGAGGGGACUUGCUCUUGGUCAAAACUGCACGGCCCACUGAAAAUGCAUCCAAGAGUGAAACCGAUGAACAUUUGACAAUUCUUUCAGAAAAUUCAUGGAGUGCAGGAAAAGUCCCAGAGCACUUGGUAAGAAAAAGAGCUGCAGCACAGCUGGGAAAAUGAGAUCCUGAGGACUGCACACCCACAAAUUUAACUGCACUGCUGGGGCAUUUUGGAGAGGAAUUGCAGAAGGAGUUGAUGGGCCUGAUCCUGUGCUGCAGAGUAGCUUUGGGAAGAAGGUGGGAGAAUGAUUGCACUUCCUUGGCUUUGCUGUGGAUGACUGCUCAGGGGAUAAGGAAGACAUAAUCAGGUGCAAUAAUCAUCAGCUCAGGCAAGAUAAAGCAAAAUUAAUAGGUAAUAUGGUUUCAUUGGAAGCAGAUUGUGUCGAAUUAAAGGUUGGUUGUUGCCAGGGUAGUCAAAAAUGUGCGGCAAUGGGUGGGAGGAAAUGUGCUCUGCUGCCGGGUUUGGUGCAGUGCCAGAUGACUCUGUCCUGUGGAGGCUGGGGCUGUAAAGAUCCCUGACAAAUCCUGCUUCAAUGCCUAUCAAAUAUUCACAGUUAAACCCACCAGAAAAGCCAGUGGCAGGAUGCACCCGGGAGCUUUGCUGUGGUCAUAGGUACAUACACUGAUGCAUGGCUGUGCUGCAAUAUUGGCACAUCCAACCACACCAGAGAAUGGCCAUCAGAAUGAAUCACAGAUGCCACAGGCUCCUUUCCCUUGUUCCUUGUUCCAAGUAAUUGCUUUUCCCUGUGCUGGAUGGAGAUAAACGACCGGCAGCAAAAGUGAGCGCAGAAAUCAGGUCUCAUCUGUGCAGCUCAGUACCUAUUCCAAUUGCUAUGGGAACCUUAUCUGCUGCAGUUUCCUCUGAGUUUAACUGGAGAAUUAGCAUAGGGCAAUCUUUUCCCCAUUUAAUUUCCUUUCCUUUAAAAAACUAAAACCUACAAACUGCUGGUGAAAUGAACACUGAAAGUCAAUUAUCAGAAUUUGUACCUCUCUGGCACAUUAUCAUUUAAGAUGUUUUACUGUGGAAGAUGAAGAAGGCUGGCAAACCUCAUUCACAUUCCCUGCAAAGGACUGCAGCACCACAUAAGACACAAUUUAUUGUAUUUUUAUUUUUUAAAGAGCUGAAUGUCAUGCUGCAAAUAGCUGAGGGAAGAGCUUAGCACCCAGAGUCUUGAAGUCAGGCAUCAUAGUAAGCAGUUGGGUGAUUUUUCCUCUCCCUCCCACCAAUGUUGCUCAUGAUUUGGUGGGGAAAGCAGCUCCCCUCAGUCUUGAUUUCUGUACAAUCCUUCAUAGGACAUUUUGCCCCUUUGCUCCUCCUGCCAUGCCUUUGAGAUGUGUGGUAGUGUUGUGCUGGCAGAGAAGUCAUGGAGAUCUGUUCACUUCUUUUUCUGAGGCAGUUGAAUAACACUGCAAAAAUCCUGGAUAGAAGUAAGUAACUCUUCAGUUUAGAACACAAAUGUGGUGCUGUGUUAUUGACUGCAUGAACUUAUUCCUCUUGUUUAUGUAUAAUCUGACAAUAGCAUCUCACCUCUGCCAGGAAGCAACUUUUUUUAAAAUAAGCUAGAGGAGGUAUUGGUGUGGCCAUUGAAAGCAAUCAUAAAAUUCCCAGGAUCAGGAAAUUAAUCCAGUUUCUUCAGAUGUAAUUGACCAAGUCAAGUCCAGGAAUUUUAAGUCAAAGCUCAGUGACCCAGUGUCAUUUAAUUCCCUUUCCUUUAAAAACUGAAACACCCACAUACACCCAGCUGGGGGAGCAGGGGGAAAUGCCAUCAGUGGCUGUCUUUUGCUGUAUGACCCCCAGCACAAUCAGAGACUGAGUAGUGGUUUGUUAAAUUUCUGUAAACGUCUCAGGCAUUGCUGCCUGCAUGUGACAGAUCUGACAGGUCUCCAUCAACCCCUGGAACUGGGCACCUCUGGAGAGCUCUGAGUCUGAUGGGAAACUGCUCCUGUCCUGCCCACCACCAGGAAUACACCACUGAAGGAUUGGUAUAGAGAGGAGAGAGAGAUUUUUCCCCUGUAAUUGUUGAUAACAUGCCAAGACAUGACGCAUUUGAAGCUGAAGUCCAAGAGAAGGUAUGAGGUUUUCAUCCUGUGCUACUCCUCCCAGCUGGAAUUAAAACACUGUAUACAGAAGAAAAGACAUACACCUGUAAACACCUAACUACCACUUCUGGGUUUCCAGUUUGUUUGUUGUUCUGAUUUUGGUUUUUGUUUUAUUUGUGGUUUUUUUUCUUCAUAAAAAGGUCAUUUUCACCCCUCUCUCCAGAAGGAAAAGACAGGAACAGAGUUUUUAAAAAAUAAAUCAAGCCAAAAAGUCUUGUAUUAUCCUUCUCCAUCCUGUUAUUCCUGUCCCCCCCCACUUCAGACUUACCUCCCUUCUUCCUUUGACAGUGACAAAUGGCAAAAAAAAAAGGGAAAUGGUCAUUGAAAACUUGUACGGGACAAAAUUUGAAGAAAGAAAGAUAAAACUAUCAAAUAUCACCAGGAUAUCUUCAACUUUUGUGACUGCAACCCACAACAUAGUUUUCUGGAAGAAGGAGAAUUGCAGUGGGAAUUCUUCUUGGCUCCCAAACGUUCUUCUGUCCCAGGUGAUCAUGGCAGCACUCAGGCAAAGGAUAAUGACAAUGACCUGCUGUAGCUUCCAGUGAGCUGGAGGUGCAGCCAUGCCCUCCCUCCAGCCCUCAUCUUAGCUUUUGGGCUGGAGAGAAGCCAUGCCCACCACAGCCCUAGUGCAGGGCUUAACUACCAAGGACUGGAACCCUGGCUCCAUCCUGAGCAAAACUCUGGAUUUCCCCUGUGCAGUUAUUGCAGUCUGCCAAGGGUCAGAAGACAAAAAAGUGCAGCAGUAGUAACUGAACUGGAGGAAAUGAAAUCUCUUAGAAGAACAGGGGUUUCUCAGAUCUUGGGCUGUGGUUAUGUUGUGUGAAUUAUGGGUAUUCUGCAGUGGCUGUGUGGUUUGUGUUGGAACCUGGGGACUUCCCUGAGGUUUUGCUUCCCUGGUGUGUGGCAAGAGGGGUUUGCUCAGGCGCUUUCCCCAUCUUGAGGACAAGUGAGCCUUGCAUGGGUAGAAAUGAGAGACAUGAGCCAAAUGACUUAGGUGCACAGUAAAUGAGGGCUGGGAAAGAGACAGUCAGCAGUCAUGAGGGCAUAUAGAACACAUCAGGUGUUCUUUUAGGCCUUUAUCAAGUUGCAUGUACUUGCAUAUGGUCACCUCUUACUAAUUAGCUAAAUUGUAUUUGAAUGGGGUAAGAGGGGAGUAAUGUUCAUCAAAGGAGAAGAUAAAAUAAUAACUUAUUUCAAAAAUUAAAGAUUAAAAUUUAAGACUCGAGAGGUGGAGAAGAUGUGCAUAUGCUGCUGUCCAGUUCCCUGUGCGUAUGUUGCAGGCAUAAGCUUGAGGUAUUAAAGUAUUAUCAGGAUUAAAGUGAAAGACUUUACUCCUGAACCUGCCAACGGAAGAGAAGAAAUGCACCUAACAGUGCAUGGAUGGACAGUGCAGAGGUUGUUUUGCUUUGUGUUGUUUUUUAAACCCACAAUAAACCCUUGCCCCCUCCACUGCUUGUGGACCAUGAUCCUGGCUCUGAUUUGAAUCCCUGACCAACAACUGCAAAGAAGGAUGUAAAUUUUCAGAGCAGUCUGUUCUGGUUCUUCAAGUCCAAGCUUGGAAAGCUGUGUGGAACGAAAAGGGAUUCCUAGGGAGAAAUGCUUUCAAUGUCUGUCCAAAGCCUGUUGUGGCAAUUUCAUCCUGUCUUGGUUUUGGUGGCGUGCCAAGACCAUUCUGCUAAAUGGCUUUUUUAUUUUUUUUUUUUACUCCUGUUUUGCUUAGUUUUUUUUACAGGCUGUAGAAUAGUUUCCUGCCCAGCCUGGGUUACAGCCAGGAUAGGAGCUGUGGACUAGGAUGGCUGGUUUGGACCAGAGGCGUGUUGACGCUCAAUCGUUAUUUGCCGGUGGCCACUUUUCCAAAACAUGCUCUAUUGAGUGUGCAGCUUUUGUUGUACCACGGUGUAGAGAGUGAUCUCUGGAGGAGGAUGGGAGAUUACAGGCCAUCUGGUGCCUUUCUGGACCUCAUAUUUCAACAGGACAUUAAAUGAGCUUCUUUUUCUCAUGGAGAAAUAAACCCUCCCUCAAGCAUAAAAGCAACCUGUCACUUUCA